AUGGUCGCAUCACCACCAUCAACCAGCGCUUUUGCCAGACACGUUAUGAACCCACUUGGUUUCACAAAAGCCUACAAUUUCUGGCUGUAUAUCAUCUUUGGCGGCGCAUUCGUAGGCUUCGCCCUGGCUCGUAUGUCCUAUCUCGAUUUCUCGAAAAACUUCUGUCCCGCAGAUGGUGCCAGCCCAGGCGGCAACGGCGCAGCACCAGGAGAAUGCUACUACUAUCUCAACUUUAACCGUUACAAGAUUGGUAUCCUACUGCAUCUCGCUGGUGUACUGCCCGCUAGUCUGCUGGCAGUGGUGCAAUUCACUCCUUUCAUUCGCCGGCGCUGGAUUAUCGUACACCGCAUUGGUGGUUAUGCGGCGCUCCUCCUAUACCUCGUGGGCCUCGCUGGCGCGCUGAUGAUUGCACGACAUGCAUUCGGUGGUGGUCUGGAUGUACAGAGCUUUGUCGGCGUUCUGGGUUUCGGUUCGCUAGGCUGCUUCAUCAUCAGUUAUAUCAACGUCAAGCGACUCCAGAUCGAGCAACAUCGUGCGUGGAUGUUGAGAGGCUGGUUUUACGCUGGCACGAUCAUCACAAGUCGAUUUAUUGUGAUCAUCGCUGCCAAAAUCAUCGCAUCGCAAGACUACUAUAUCGUUUGGAGCUGCGCGAAGAUUGCAGCAACCAUUUCCGGUGACGUGGACCUCGCAACUUCGUACCCUACCUGCGCAUCCUUCGUCAACGGCACAGACCCCGAGGCAGUGUCAAGCGUGGCAGCAACUUUUGCGGUCGGGGAUGCAGCAAACACUGGUGCGGCCCUGAAUGUCGUCUUCGGUAUGGCGUUGUGGGUGUCGCUUGCGCUACAUGCCUUUGGUGUAGAGCUUUACUUGCACCUUACGCCGAAAGAAGCGCAAAGGUUACGACAGAUUAGCUACCAAAGACAAUUGGAGGCAGGCCUACGCAACCCUGGCUCUGCAGGGCUUACUACGGACCGUCUGGGAGAUGCGGAAAAAUGGGUACCAGAAACAUCCAGUAAAGAUAGUACGAGCAUGCAAGCGACCGAGCCGACCGAGCCUAAUAUGGUAGCAGAGACGAAGUAA